GAAGGGCGGAGCAACAACAUGGCGGCCCCCGGAGCUGGUGACCCCCAGGAAGCCAAGAGUGGCAAGGCCCCUCUGGCUCAGCGCAUUGAUCCAACUCGGGAGAAGCUGACUCCUGCGCAACUGCAGUUCAUGCGGCAGGUACAGCUCGCCCAGUGGCAGAAAGCGCUACCACAGCGGCGGACUCGAAACAUCGUGACCGGCCUGGGCAUUGGAGCCCUGGUGUUAGCUAUCUAUGGUUACACCUUCUACUCAGUGUCCCAGGAGCGUUUCCUAGAUGACCUGGAAGAGGAAGCCAAAGCUGCCCGCGCCCGCGCCUUGGCAAGGGCAUCAGGACCCUGAUCCAGUUGAGCACUGCACACUUCCAACCUGCUGGAGCCCAUGACAUGAUGGGUGAUGCCCCAUAACCCUGUAGAAUUGGAAACCUAUUCACAGCAUUGCUGGUCUUCUUACUAACCUUGGACGAUGACUGAGCCCAGGAAGCCAGAGAUUUAUGCAUUUCAAGGCCAACUUCACACUCACUGUGUGCAGGGACUGAGAUUAUAGUUUGUUUCCUUGUUUGAGAGCUGUGAUCUUGACAUUUCUCAAGCUUCUGACUUUAUGAUUUACCCCCUUCCCCUGUCAGGGUCUUGACUGCUAUGGAUGUAGGGGAGGCCGCUCUGUGCAGUGUUAGAACCUAAAGUGGGUUAAAAAAAUAAACUGUGUCUUCUCCCUUGGAGCCAAAUAAGUGUGUUGGGACUGAGGGAUGGCAUGACACUUCAAGAUGGAAAGAUCUGUAGGCAGUAGAUGAAGCAGUGGCAUGCCCGAAGGAGCUGCUAUAAAUGUUUAACUAGAAUUA